UUAGACAAACAAGAAAAUUAAACUUUUUCGUCGAUUACAAAACCGAUUUGAUAAGUUUUUUUUUCUCGAGAAUAUUUGUUCAACCGAAAAAAAAAACAAAUCAAUCAUUGUAUUUGAUAAUUACAACAAGUAUUUUUAUUUCAUUUGUCUUCGCAAUUCCAUUUAUUUUCGUUGUGUUAAAUUAUUAAUUUUUCUAUCGAAAGAAAUUUUUUUAAAAAAAUGGCUCUUUUCCGUUUUGGUAAUAUGGACGAUAUGUUUGGAAACAUGGAUAAUAUGAUGAAUCAGAUGAUGGGUGGUAUGUUUGAUCCAUUUGCUAUGACACCAUUCGGUCGUCCUGGUCAGAAUAUGAUGGCACCAUUCAAUCCUAUGAAUCAAUUCCAGAAUAUUUUUCAACAGGCAUCACAAAUGCAAGCUAAUCCUGGUACAUCAUUCGUAUCAUCAUCAUUUGUAUCAUAUUCAAGUAAUGGUAAUCAACCACCGCAAGUUUAUGAGGAAACCAAAAUGAAUCACAUUGGUCCGGGUGGUGUUCGAGAAGAACGUCAUACUGUACGUGAUUCACGUUCCGGUUUACAAAAAAUGAAAGUUGGUCGACAUAUUCAAGAUCGUGGUCAUGUAAUAGAAAAAAGUCGAAAUAAUAAUACUGGUGAUGAAGAAGAGAACAAUGAAUUCAUUAACAUUGAAGAAGAGGAAGCACCACAAUUUCAACAGGAAUGGUCAUCAAGAAUGUCACGAGCCUAUCCAAAUGGUGGACAACAGCAACAAUAUUUGCAACAAGCACCACAACGUGCACGUUUGGCAAUCACUUCUGGACCAACAGAUCAUUAUCAAUCAUCAGUAUCUCCGGUUCCAAUUAUAACACAUCCACCUAGCUCAACACCACCACUGAUAUCAACUAUACCUAGCAAUAGUAAUAAUUUGUAUCAAUAUUAUCAUCAUGAUUCACCAUCAUCAUCAAGUAAAUCAUCAACUAAAGUGAAAAAAGCUACAAUGAAAAAUAGAAAAUAUAAAAAGCCAGCCAAUAAUGGCAAGAAAAAUGAAUAAUUUAAAGUUUAGAAUUUCUUUUCUGUUUUUUUCUCCCAAAUAUAUCAAUCAUACUAAUUGUGAACACGAUGAAUGAAUUUGAUGGAUACAUUAUUUGAUUGA